AUGUCAGACCAACAAGUCUCCUUGCCAUUCCUCAUCAUCCUCCUCUUGACCAUCGGCGUCGUCACCCGCUACCUCUUUUUCUCCUCUUCGACGUCGGGACCGCGGGCGCGGAACUCGAGGAACAAUUCGGGGCGUGAUGCGAACGCGGCGAGGUUGAGGGAGGUAGCGGCGCAGCGGAUACAACAGAUGUUCCCCCAGGUGGAUCGGAGGACGAUAUUGUGGGAUCUGCAGAGGAAUGGAGGGAGUAUACAAGCGACUACCGAACGAAUCCUGGCGGGCAGGAUGGAAACGCCCCCUAUCACUUUCCAACCGCAGCCACCUCCCGGAUCGAAUCCUUCAGCAAACACAAGCGCACAGCAGGCUAAGCAGGCCGGACGACCCAAGCAGCCCGACCUGAUCACGCGGUACAACCUACAGAACAAAUUGUCGAGCGAGAGCGAGGAGGGCACGCCAUCGGAGGAGAAGAAGAAAGAAGGCUGGAGCUCAAACAAGGACGAGAGGCAAGCGCUGCUCAAGAAACGAAGGGAUGAGAUGAUUCUGGCGGCGAGACGGAAGAUGGAGGCCAAGAUCGCUGCCGAGAAGGCGGCGGCCGGAGAUGCGGGUUCUUGA